UUGUCUUUGACCAAAAAAAAGAGAUAUUGGACCUACUCAACCAGUUACUUACUUGAAACAAACAACAUUUAUUUGAUAGUUGAUACCAUACGAAAAUAAAACUCCCUAGAAUGAGACUCUUUACCCUCUCAUUACUCAAAGUCAAAUAUAGGAAACUUCAACACACACAAUCUCAGACUUUUACCUCCACGCGCACUACACACACCUGAACCUUUCCCAAACAUUAUAUAACCCACAAACACUUUCUCCAAAACAAGAAACUAAUUUAUUCAUUCAACUCACAAUGGCCGAUCAUCAAAGAAUCCAUCCGGUGGACCCCGAGGUUGCCGCGCCGAAGCCGACGGCCCCGCUGGUGGGGCGGGGCUCGUUCCGGUCGGAGCGGGGCGACCCGGAGAGGCCGCCGCCGCGGACGAUCCCGUACGCGGCGAGCAAGGCGCCGAAGAGGAGGAGCAGCUGCUGCAAGAAGUGCCUGUGCUGGACACUAGCCCUCAUCAUCAUCCAAAUCAUAGUUGUCGCAAUACUAGCUGCAAUAAUAUACUUCGUAUUCGACCCUAAGAUACCGAAAUACUCUGUGGACGCCAUGAGAAUCAGUGAGUUCAACCUGGGCAACGACAACAGCCUGUCCGCGACGUUCAACGUGAACAUCACGGCAAGGAAUCCGAACAAGAAGAUCGGGAUAUACUACGAGGGCGGCAGCCGCCUGAGCGUGUGGUACACGGGCAGCAAACUGUGUGAAGGGUCGCUGCCCAAGUUCUACCAGGGGCACCGCAACACGACGCUGCUGAGCCUCGUGCUGACGGGGCAGACGCAGGAUGCAUCCGGCCUGCUGACCUCGCUGCAGGCGCAGCAGCAGACCGGGAACAUCCCCUUGAACCUGCGGGCGCGGGUGCCCGUCAGGCUCAAGCUGGGGAGCUUGAAGCUCAUGAAGUGGAAGUUCUUGGUGAGGUGCAGGCUUAACGUCGACAGUUUAGCCCAGGAUAAUGCCAUCAGGAUCAGAGACAGCAGCUGUAAAUUUAGGUUCAGGCUUUGAUUAAUUUUUGGUUUAUUUCAUUUAUUAGGCACGGCACGGGAUCAUCACUCUUAGAUUAAUCGUUUUUCCAAUAAAUUUUGGUGCUGAUUUCGUUGUGUUGAAUGGAGGACUAUAUAGAUAUUUUAUGGUUUUGUCCUCCAUAUAUAUAUAUGUUGUUGUAGGCCAUGAGCCAUCGAUCUUUUGUUUUGUUUUUUCCAUAUAUAUUCUUUGAUUAUAUAUAUCUUACUUGUUUAUUGAUUUA